UUAAUUGAAGAAUGAUUCUAAACCAAUCCAAAUCAACAUUUGAAUCUCAAACUGUGUCAAGGUCAAGUGAUUUAAAGUUGAUUGAACAUAAUUUAAACAAUGAAUAUACUAAUGGUAGAUUAGUAAAUGCAUUUUGAGGUUCUUACAUUUUUUUAGUUCUUAUAAAUUUAUUUUUGUUUAUUUUGUAUUACUAUUUAAUUACCAUCCUUUUCUCCACCCAGCUGCUGCUCAGCCAGGUUGAUUAGAAAUAAUGAAAGCCAACAUGGCGUAGUUUGUGACUGUACCUGUAUUUUUAGUUCUUCUUUUUCAAGCAUAAUACGUUAGAUUUUGUGUCCAUGGGAGCGUAAAAGAAGGUCUAAUAAGAAACCAAUAAAUGUCUUGUAUCCAGUGGGGUCUGUACAAAAUUGUGACAUGGGGAAAUACGGAGAGGAACUGAAGAAGCUGCCUUUGCAUUAGCCUUUUAGGAAAUAGUUUCAUAUAUCGUAUGAAAAAUCAAGUAAAUCUGGUAAAUUUGAACUAACCCAACAUAUUGUUUAUUAGAAAAUGUUGCUAUAAUUGCCCUUCAUGUCAUGUUGGUAUGAUCUUAGGAAUAUAGGUGUGUUCUUACCUCAUGUUAGCUCAUAUUUGGUAACUAAUGUCAUAAUAGUGCUAAUGAAGACAAGGUAUGUAUAGUUUCAAAAAUAUUGUUACUACUGAAUGCACAUCUUGCUUGUAAGAGUUUCCCUUGAUCUGCCAACAUACAGAGAAUACUAGCUGACUGGUUUUCACUAGGAUUUUCCUAAUUACCAUGUUUAUACUUUGAACUGUGUCUGCACUGCAGAGCAGCUGUGCUCUUACCAGUCCCCCAGGUGGGCCAGUGGAGGCACUGGGACUGUGGAGCUAGUACAGAGCAUAGAUGUACUGGGAUUUAGAUUCUUCUCUUUCUGGAGCUGAUGCAUCUUGGCUCUAGCUCUAGAUAUUGUUUUGUUUCUCGGAGGGAAUUUCCGAACUCCUCCUGUGUUAUUUUUGCUUGUGAGCACAAAAUCCUUCUUCCAGUUUCUACUAAACUCAUCCAGACAUGGUAGGCCACUUUCUACUUGGGAAUUCUUGCACAUAGUGUUUGGCUCACUGUUUGCUCUACCUAUUUGUUUGGAGAAAAAGCAUAUGCGAGCUGUUGUUUGACGCUGCUUACCGCUAAGAGGCAUCUGACUGAAGUGAGAGGCUUCAGGACUUCUUCGCUUUGUGGAUGUCUUUAUGAAGGGUUUCAUAUUUGGCUAAUGGUAACUUCCUGAAGCCUUCAAGAGAAGGUGAUGGUGGUGGGAACUGCUCGUCCUACUUUCUGGACGUACCGUAUAUAUAUGAGUAAGUAUUAUCCAUUCUGCUUUUCAAAGAACCCAAGAUGUUUUAUCUGCUGUAUUACAAAAAGUACAUUCCAACUUACUUCGUUCUUUUACAGAUUUUAAAGAAUAAGGAAGCAUCAGUGCGCAAGGCAUAUUCAGAUCUAAUGGCACAGCAAAAUAGCACAAUCGAUGAGAACAGAAAACUCAUGGGAAAGGUCAAAACACUUGAGGAGAUGUUGGAGGAUAUGAAGAAUCAAAAGUUCCAAGUGGAACAAGAGCUCCCUAAAGUGAGGGAAGCUGCAGAAAUAGAGCGGAAAAAGCAGCAAAAGGACAUGGAAGAAAUCUAUCGUCAGAAGACCAAGGCUGAGCAAGAGGCAAAGCAGUGUCGUAUAGAUCUAGAGAGCAUUGAGAAGGAGAAAGCAGAUGCAGAGCAGGAGUUGGAGUGUGUAAGGCAGCUCAUUUUUCAGGCAGAGACUCAAAGAAGUAUACUGGAAGAAAACCUUCGUGCUUUUCGAAAUCAGAUAGAAGAAAGCACCUUUACCAGAAGAAACCUUGAAGAGCAUCUAAGAAGAAAAGAUACUAAUCUUCAUGAUUUAGAGCAACAGAAAAAAAACUUAAUGCAGGAACUGAAGAAGAAAACAGAAGGAGAGGAGAAACUUAUGAAGCUGAUAAAGCAAAUGGAACAAGAUCUUGAAUUUAAAGUGAACCUGUCAGAAAUAAAGCUGCAAGAAAGAGAGAGGACUGAAGCCAGAAGGAAGGUUGUUGAAGGUGGGUACUCUGUAACUAGAGAAACUUCCCUGCCGACUUUCACAGCUGGGCAAGGCAGCCACUAUAGGCCUGAUUCUGAAAUUACAAGUUUCCAGAAGAAACAAGAAGCCAAAAAGGUAGAAGAGCUUAAACAGAAGAUCGAUGAGCUAACCCUUGCUAACAAAAAAGCUGAUAAAACUAUUAAAGAUCUGAAAUAUGAACUGAAUGAAAUUGAGCUUCAGAAAUCAUCAACAGAAGAAAAGUCUCGUUUAUUAAAAGAAAACCUAGAUAAAGUCAAUAGCGAACUUAAAUGCCUAAAAAUUAAGUUGGAGGAAAAAGACCAAGUAGAGCAGGGGUAUUUGCAACAGUUGAAAGAACUGGACAAGCAGCUACAUAGAACCACUGGUAAAGCUGAGGAGGUGAUGCAAGAAGCUAUAGAUCUUAAGAAAAUUAAGAUGAACUAUCAGGAGGAGCUGAAAUCUGUUCAGCAAGAAAAGACACAGCUAAAAAGAGAAGUAGAAGAAUUAACUAGAUCACAGACAAAAACUGAAAUCACUAUCAAACAUUUACAUUCACAAAUCAGUUCUCUUCAAAAAGAGAAGCUGGCAGCUGAACACAGAACACAGUCAUGCAAAGGAGAAGCAAAUAAUCUUCAAGACCAAUAUAAGAAAAUUCAAGAACAGUUGCUUCAAAAAACAAAAGCAGAGAAAGAAAACCAGCAGGAAAUUCAAAUGCUGAAGAAUGAAUUAGCCAAAAGUAGUAAGUUGUCAGAAUCAUUGAAACAAAAGAUAGAGGACCUUAAUAAAUGGAAUACUGAAACAAAGCUACAGAUGAAGCAAAUUCAGUCUGAAUCGGAGAAGAUGACUUUGGAAAAAGAAAGUAUUCAGAGGAAAAAUGAUGCAUUAAAAGCCCUAGCAGAUGGUUUCAAAGAGCAGCUGCGUACAACAAAUGAACAAUUGCACAAGCAAACAAUAAUUGAGCAAGAAUUCAUGUGUAAAAUCAAAAGCCUAGAAGCUGAUCUAGUGAAAACAAAAGACUUGGCUCGUGAAUAUAAACAAAAAUGUGAUAAACAGAGUGCUUCCACCCUAACCAUUGACCGGGAGGUUAAAAAUCUAAAUGCCCAAAUGAAUGCUCUAACUAUGGAAAAAAGAAUGAGUGAGCAGAAGAUACAACUACAACAAGCUCAUAUACAAGAGCUAAGUAGUAAAUUAAAAAAAUUACAGGAUGAACUCCAUCAGAAAACUCUGGAUGAACAAAUGGCACGCAAGAAGAUGAUUCUGUUUCAAGAGGAAUCCAUUAAGUUUAAACACUCUGCAGAGGAAUUCAGGAAAAAAGCUGAAAAAUUACUGGAAUCCCAUAGCAUCACAGAAAAGGACAUUUCUGGCAUAAAACUAGAGUGUGUUGCUCUUCAGCAGGAAAAGCAUAUGGCUGAGGAAAACAUCAUGUUGUACAAGAUACAAAUGGAAGAUUUGCAGGAAAGGCUUGAAAAAUGUCAUGAACAACUACAGCAAGGAAAGCAGGCUGAAAUGGACUAUCACCAGAAGUGCAGGAAACUUGAGGAAGAACUGGAAAUGCAGAAGCGCGUGGUUGAGAGCUUGAAACAGAAAGUGGAUCUGCAGGCCAGGGACAGUGAACACAGGUUUCUUUUGCUUCAGAAUGAAGUUCAGCAAAAUACUAAACUCCAAGAUUCUGGAUCUAAACUGAGCUGUGAGAGAAGAGGGAAUGAUUUCAAUUAUCCGAGUGACACUGCAGCUAGAGAAUUUGAACAGCUUCCUCCACAUGCAAAACCUAGCUCACCUUUGUUAAGGCAGAAACAAGAGAGAUCAGGUUUUAAAUCAGAUCAGAUAGAAGGAAAUACACUGUACGUGAGUGCUGAUGAUAGGAUACCAAGAGAAGUGCAGUUCCAGAUGUCAAGAAUAAACCAUUCCCUAGAAGAAGAUUCAAGCCCCCAGUCUUUCACAGAGUUUGUUUCUGAAAUGAGUACGCAGUUCCAGAUAACUUUCGAUAAAGCAAACCAAAUCUCUGCAACAUCUGAAAGGGACAAAUUGAGAAACAGGAACCUACACAGUUCUAGACAAACUGUUAGACAUGGAGAAGACACGACACAUGAAUUAGGAGUGGUAAAACUGCAUCCGUUGGAGAUAGUGAAGAGCAAGCAGUAUGACAUGCAUGUUGAAGUCACAACAUUAAAUCAAGAAAAUGCCAAGACUUUUGGUAACGAAGAGAGAAUGUUUGAGGGAUACAAAACAUCUGAAGGGUUUAGGAAAGAAGACGUUGCGAAGAUGAGCUCUUUCUUAGGGGAAGAGAUUUUGAAAACUGCUGCUGCUGAUACUCAGUUGGAAUAUUUUACAGAGGAAUAUGAUGAUAUUAAAUUUCAAGGUCUCCGACAUGAUGUAACUGCCAGACAGUUGACUGAAGUUAAACUUUUAGACAGGCUCACGGUUGAGCAGCUCCAUUCAGGGCAGAAAACGAUUGACGAGGUUCAGAAAAGUCUUGAAAAAUUUUUAACUAAACCUACAGCUAUAGCUGGGCUGUACCUUGAAUCCAGCAAAGAGAUACUCUCUUUUGCUUUAGCAGCAAAGAGAAGAAUCAUAGGGAAAGCGCUGGCAUUAGCAUUUUUAGAGGCCCAGGCAGCUACUGGUUUCAUCAUUGAUCCCACAACAGGUCAGAAGUUCUCUGUUGAUGAUUCAGUUGUUAGAGGGCUUACAGAUAAUGAAUUCAAGAGUAGAUUGCUUGAGGCAGAGAAAGCUGUUUUGGGCUAUUGCUGUUCUGGGAAAGUGAUCUCUGUGUAUCAGGCUAUGGAAGCUCGACUCUUAGAAAGACAAAAAGGUAAAAAUAUCCUUGAGGCUCAGAUUGCAAGUGGGGGGGUCAUUGAUCCUGUAAGAAGUGUUCGUGUACCUCCAGAAACUGCCGUGCAGGUUGGCUUGCUUAAUAACACAAUUUUAAAAUUCUUGCAUGAACCUUCUAGUAAUGCAAAAUGUUUUCACAAUCCAAAUAACAGGAAAGCUAUGUACUACGGUGAUUUGCUGAAAAUGUGUUUGUUCAGUGUAAGCAGUAAAUGCCUUCUGCUUCCAGUUGGUGAAAGGAAAAUAAGCAGCCCAUCAGCAGAAAAAAGUCAUAAAAUUUCUGUAGUAGAUGUCAAAACAGGAGCUGAAAUGACUUCAUAUGAGGCUUAUAAAAAAAAUUGUGUCGAUAAAGCUACAUAUCUUGAGCUUUCAAGACAAGAAUUUGAUUGGAAGGAGUCUACAUGUUUUGACUCUGAUGGGAAUUCUUUUCUUUUGCUUACAGAUCUUAAAACCGGUGUACAGUUUAAUAUCGAGGAGACUGUAAAUCAGGGUAGAAUUGGCAGAGCAUUAGUCAGUAAAUAUAAGGAGGGUUUAAUCACAGCUAAUGAGUUCGGUGAUAUUUUAGUUAGCAGUUCACAGCCAAAUAAAGAUUUAAACAGUCCUAUUGCAGGGUUCUGGGUUUCUGAAACCAAUGAAAGAAUUCCAGUCUUAAAAGCCUCACGCAAAAACUUGGUAGACAGAGUUACUGCCCUCCGAUGUCUUGAAGCUCAGGUUAGUACAGGAGGCAUAAUUGAUCCAUUUACUGGGAAAAAGUACAGCAUUUCAGAAGCUUUGCAAAGGGAGUUAGUUGAUGAUGGUUGUGCCAAGCAAAUCCAGCAGUUUGAACUGAUCUUUACUGGGGUCAUUCACCCUGUGAGGAACACAGUUAUGUCAGCUGUUGAAGCUAUGCAGUUAAAUGCUGUAGACAAGGAAAUGGGCAUGCGCUGCCUGGAGUAUCAGUACUUGACUGGUGGGUUGAUAGAUGCAAAGUCUCAUUCCAGAUUAACAAUGGAGGAUGCAAUUAAGAAUGGUAUUAUUGAUGCUGUCACAGCUACAAAGCUGAAAGAUGAAAAAUUCUAUGUUAAAGUUUUAACAUGCCCCAAAACAAAGAAGAAGCUAACGUACAAAGAGGCUUUAGAAAGAGCUGUUUUUGAUUGCCACACUGGACUGCGAUUGUUAGAAGCAGCUCAGCCCAUGAAAACGGGAAUUUCCAGUCUUUACUAUAAUUCAUAAUGGAACAAAGAUGGAAAAUACAACAGAACAAACUCAAAUGAACAGACUCAUUUUGGGACCUGCUUUAAAACCCAUUCAAGUCAAGGAAAAUUUUGAUAAUGGCCUUUACGGAAAGUUAUAAAUGGUGUUUUCUAAUGUAAUCAUGAGUUGUAAAACUAAUUAGUACAAACCACUAAUUAGUAUAAACCACUACAACUAGAAUUAUAUAUUACUUGUUACAAAGUUGAAAUUUAUAGAUUAAUUUAGGCAGACUCGUAAUUUCAAAAUGCAGUUUAUAUGUUCAGUCUUUACCUGAAGGCCUUGUCUGACAUUAUCUACAUGUGGGUAGUAUAAAUGAGAAGUUACUCUGAGGUUGGUGGAGUUAACAUUAGUGCAAAAUGGGUAGAUUUAGGUGAGAUAACAAUUGGAUUCUUACAUUAAAAAUUGAAAGGGAUUGUUCAUUUUGCGAAUGAAGGCAAUGCAGUAUUUCAUGUGACCUGAUAAUGUAAUAAUACAAAUCAAUUUGUAUUAUUUAUUAUUUAUGCUACAGAAGUGGCAAUAAAGUAUACAAGGGUGAAAUAUGCAGUCCAGUAAACACACAAGCAUAAUUAAUUUUUCUCACAUCAGUAUUUCAUUAAUUUUAGUGAGCUAGUCACAUCAUAAAGUUAUAUAUCCUAAUUUUUUCUCUCAUUUCGUGUAACUUUUUUUUUAGAAUAGUUUUCCUGCUCUGAUAGGCAAAUGAAUUACAAUUGCAUAUCAAAUUAAAAAAAAUCGAUUGAAAGAAAGUGUUUUCAUUUUUGCUUGUGAUGCACGGAAGGGCUCUUAAACAUGUUGUCAAAGUAUUGAGAAGUUUCAAACUACUUACAGGGUGUACUACUAUAAAAAAAAUACGUAUUUUCCUGUGCAGAAAAGAUUAAAUGUCUCAGUAUUUUACUUUGAUAUUAUUCUUGUCUCUGUAGACACAAAAGCAAUGUAUUCUUCCUAACUGUAAUUUAGUAAUCCAAGUACAUAGAUGGCAAAAUGCUGGUAUCCUGUGCUGGCUAUACAUUUCCACACCUGAGGGUAAUGCAAAGGCAGCAAUUGAAAGAUACUUUAUAUGCAAAUGUUGUUUAAAUUUUAUCUGCUGAGUAAUGGCUGGGAAGGUACGCUUUUUCUUAAUAUCAGUCAUUUUAUAAUGGAUGUACAUGUGUAUGAAUAAGCACCGUAAUCAUAAUCACAAAUCAGUUGAGGAAUUACUUUGUUAGUGACUGUAAUUAUGUGGCAUUUUCAUUCCUACGUCAAAUUGUCAUAGUAAUGCAUGUGGUGUUAAAUAAAAAGGAAUAAUUUUAUGUUUACAUGGUAAUACUGCUAUUGUGGUAGAAUUGCAUUUCUGUGGACUUUGAUGUUAAAUAUUCCAACAACUUACAUGUUUUUUACAAUUUGCGGUGCU